CCCCAGGGCACCUUCUCGCUCAUCAUUGAAGCUCUGCAUACAGACUCGCCUGACGACCUCACCACAGAAAACCCCGAGCGCCUCAUCAGCCGCCUGGCCACCCAGAGGCACUUGGCAGUGGGUGAAGAGUGGUCCCAGGACCAGCACAGCAGCGGCCGCACUGACCUCAAGUACUCCUAUCGCUUCGUGUGUGAUGAGCACUACUACGGAGAAGGCUGCUCUGUCUUCUGCCGCCCCCGGGAUGAUGCCUUCGGUCACUUCACUUGCGGAGAGCGUGGCGAGAAAGUGUGCAACCCAGGCUGGAAAGGCCAGUACUGCACUGAGCCAAUUUGUUUGCCUGGAUGCGAUGAGCAACACGGCUUUUGCGACAAACCUGGGGAAUGCAAAUGCAGAGUGGGUUGGCAAGGGCGAUAUUGUGACGAGUGCAUCCGAUACCCAGGCUGCCUUCAUGGUACCUGUCAGCAGCCGUGGCAGUGCAACUGCCAGGAAGGCUGGGGUGGCCUUUUCUGCAACCAGGACCUGAACUACUGCACCCACCACAAGCCCUGCGAGAAUGGUGCCACGUGCUCCAACACUGGUCAGGGGAGCUACACUUGUUCUUGCCGACCUGGGUACACAGGUUCCAACUGUGAGAUUGAAAUCAAUGAAUGUGACGCCAACCCUUGCAAGAACGGUGGAAGCUGCACAGAUCUUGAGAACAGUUACUCCUGUACCUGCCCCCCGGGCUUCUAUGGUAAAAACUGUGAGCUGAGCGCAAUGACUUGUGCUGAUGGACCAUGCUUCAAUGGUGGGCGAUGCACAGACAACCCUGAUGGGGGAUACAGCUGCCGCUGCCCACUGGGUUAUUCUGGGUUCAACUGUGAAAAGAAGAUCGAUUACUGCAGUUCCAGCCCUUGUGCUAAUGGAGCCCAGUGCGUCGAUCUGGGCAACUCCUACAUAUGCCAGUGCCAGGCUGGCUUCACUGGGAGACACUGUGAUGAUAAUGUGGACGACUGCGCCUCCUUUCCCUGUGUCAACGGAGGGACCUGCCAAGAUGGUGUCAAUGACUAUUCCUGCACCUGUCCCCCGGGAUACAACGGGAAGAACUGCAGCACCCCGGUGAGCAGAUGCGAACACAACCCCUGCCACAACGGGGCCACCUGCCACGAAAGAAACAACCGCUAUGUCGGGUGCGGGGGCCUCACCUGCCAAUUUUUGCUCCCCGAGCCGCCUCAGGGACCAGUCAUCGUCGACUUCACCGAGAAGUACACGGAAGGCCAGAAUGCCCAGUUCCCCUGGAUCGCUGUCUGCGCUGGGAUUAUUCUGGUCCUCAUGCUGCUGCUGGGGUGUGCUGCUGUGGUCGUCUGCGUCAGGCUCAGAGUGCAGAAGAGGCACCACCAUCCUGAUGCCUGCAGGAGCGAGACCGAGACCAUGAACAACCUGGCGAACUGCCAGCGCGAGAAGGACAUUUCCAUAAGUGUCAUUGGUGCCACUCAGAUUAAAAACACGAAUAAGAAAGUGGACUUUCACAGCGAUAACUCGGACAAAAAUGGCUACAAAGUCAGAUACCCAUCAGUGGAUUACAAUUUGGUGCAUGAACUCAAGAAUGAGGACUCUGUUAAAGAGGAGCACAGCAAAUGUGAAGCCAAGUGUGAAACGUAUGAUUCAGAGGCAGAGGAGAAAAGUGCAGUACAACUAAAGAGCGAUACUUCUGAAAGAAAACGACCAGAUUCAGUAUAUUCCACUUCAAAAGACACAAAGUACCAGUCGGUGUAUGUCAUAUCAGAAGAGAAAGACGAGUGCAUCAUAGCAACUGAGGUGUAAACCAGAGGCGAUAUGGCAAGGUGGUUGUUCAGAACAAUUUCAGAGGAGACGUGCCCCGAUGAAUGCUGCUGAAAGAGGAAUGGGAGAUAGAUUCCUUCACUGACUGCUGCUGAGAAACUAAAUUCAGGCUUGAGCUGGUUCUCUACUGAAGUUAGCAAAGUGACUGCAAAAUAAAGAAACAAGAUGGACACCAGGCAAGGGUCUGUGUUCAAGGAUUACUGUUGCACUGCCUUUUAUGAAUUUUAUCAUUGCACUAUGGUCAGUUGCUUUUCUAUAUAUAUUUAAAUGAAUGGACUUAAUUACUACAUAAGAAGCAUGCACUGCCUGAAGUGUAUAUUUUGGAUUCUUAUGAGCCAGUCUUUUCUUGAAUUAGAGACACAAACACUGCCUUUAUUGUCUUUUUUGAUACUAAAAUGUGUUUUUACUAGGUGAGAAAAAGUGUGUUAUUUUUUUGAAUCUGUAAAAAUAUUUUCAUGAUAAUUGUAAAGCUUGAGUAUUUUGUGAUGUUCAUUUUUUUUAUAAUUUAAAUUUUUUGGUAAAUAUGUACAAAGGCACUUCGGGUCUAUGUGACUAUAUUUUUUUGUAUAUAAAUGUAUUUAUGGAAUAUUGUGCAAAUGUUAUUUGAGGUUUUUUUACUGUUUUGUUAAUGAAGAAAUUCAUUUUUAAAAUAUUUU